AUGCCGCGCUUGCUUAUUCUUAAUCCGAAUUCUUCCGAGACCAUCACUAGCACUAUGGCCACUUUGGUGGCCCAUCCGUCUCCAGGCUGCGAGCUCACUUUCAUGACUGCACCUCCAGAUGCACCAGCUUCGAUCAAUAAUCCUCAGGAGGGAAUGCAAUCUGCUGCUGCAUGCAUGAGGCUGUUCAGAUCUGAUCCUCGGAAAUACUUGUGUUACGACGGUUACUUGAUCUGCUGUUUCUCAGACCAUCCGUUGGUGUAUCAAUUGAGAGACUAUUUCAAGAAUAUGCCUAAUCCUUCGGAGGUGGUCGGAAUUUUCCAGUGUGCUAUGUCAUAUGCUUUGACUCAUGUGGGAGGUGCUUCCAAAGAUAAAGCCGGUAUUAUUACUUCUGGUAACUCUUGGAAACCAUUAUUGGACAAGGCAGUGUACGAACUGAUCUAUGGUGCCCAGGACCCCAGCAAGAGAAUCGAUUUUACCCGUGGUCUUCCGCCCUACUUUCUAGCCACGGAAGAAUCUGGAGUGGGUGUUCUAGAACUAGCGGAUCCAAAUAACUACGAGAUUUUAACCUCCAAAAUCAAAAGCCUCCGAGAGAAAGGUGUUAAGUACGUGAUUCUUGGCUGUGCCGGAUUGUCCAAUUUGGAUGGUAAAUUCAAACAAGACUUUGGUGAUAUGGAGUUUAUUGACUCUGUCAAGUGUGGAAUUGAGACUUUGUGUGGCUAUGUGAGGUUUUCAUCCAAGAAAUGA